UUGGCCCUGUCGUGGCCAAGUAUGCGGGCCAGAUCGAUGCCAAGAAUGCUGAGAAGGCAGACCUAUUCAAGCACUUGUUAUAGAUCCGCGAAAGGUGUCUGUUAUGAGGAAACUGGCGAGCUCGCCGGCGGUGGCCAGCAGAUACACGGCAGCUCUCACGUCCCAGAUGAUAGCCUCCAAGGCCGAGGCUGUUCCGUCCGAGUUCAUGUCUGAGGCUAUGGUAGCAGAGAGCACCACUGCCGAUGACGACCAGAAGGCGCAAGAGGAUCUAGAAAAGAUGAUUGACUAUCUAGGGCAAGUGGCUUUUCCCUCCACCGACAUUAUCCUGAACCCCUUCAAGACCAAGGACACUCCGGACGAGAAGGACAACCUGACGAUCCGUGACAUUGUUCUCCGGUUCCAGGCCGUGAGUCUCCUUUCUGUCCCACAUGCCAAGCACCAAGACAACACAAGGUUCGGCCAGAAGUGGAAGCUGUGCCAGGACAACCUCGAGAACGAAAUCAACAAGUUCAAGCAGGGCACCGACAGCGCCCGCAACGCGCUGGAGACGCAGCGCGGGCAGUACACAAAGACCGCCGUCAUGGGCGUGCUCGAGAUCUUUGGCGCCCUGGCUCUGUUCGCCAUCGCCGCCUUUACCAUGCCCUACGGCCUGCUCGCUAUCGGCGCGGGUGGAUAUCUCUUGUACAAGGGAAUCAAGGACUUGACAAGCCUUGCAGGCAUCGACGCUGCCAUCGAAAGGUUCAAGAGCGCAGCCAACACCGCCGAUACCACCAACAAGAACCUUACAGUCCUUCGUGAGCCCUUGCAGAAAGUGGCCGAUGCCGUCGCCAAGGUCAUCACCAUCUGGGACGCCAUCGCCUAGAACCUGAUCAACAUCCAAACGUUUGUGGGCGUCUGGUCGAGCCCCAAGGUCUUCAUCGCGUCGGUGGGCUCCGUCACCACGGAAUGGGGCAAGGUCAAGGACAACUGCAUAGCCUACAUCGGCGUCAUCAGUGGGGGCACACCGGCGUGAUGGUGGCAGAUUUGGACGAUGGCCUCGCCAUAUAUACUUUGUUUGGACAUGGCAGAGGCAUCCGUGGCUACGCGCGCACAAACAAGAGUCGGGCGCGGGGCUGGUACUAGGCGGCGGAGUCUGCGCUCGGAUGGGCGUACGAUAGCGACGAGGUCGGCAGAGCCUGGCUGUACAACACGCUCCGUUGACAUUUCCACACUGGGAGGGACCUCGGUCACGGGCCGGGUCCUAUUUAUUACAGAACAUGCUCAAAGGCUUAUGGUUGACGGGAACGCUGGGCCUGUAUGCUGAGGCACACUGAAUAAAAAAUGAGGCGGCAGAUCCAAGCUUCUUUUUGGUUCAACCGUUGAUUCGAUUAUCUAG